GGUCCCGCGGCGGCGGCGGCGGCGGCAGCGGCGGCGGGAGGAUGCCGUACGUGCUCAUCAGCACCCAGAUCCGCAUGGAGGUUGGACCCACCAUGGUUGGGGACGAGCACUCAGAUCCCAGCCUGAUGAGCUUCCUGGGGGCCACCAAGAGGAACAUGCUGGGGAACCACUUCUGGGAGUACUACGUGAACGAGGCCCCGCGGGUGGUGCUGGACAAGCUGGAGAGCCGCGGGUACCGCGUGGUGAGCAUGACCGGCGUGGGACAGACCCUCGUCUGGUGCCUCCACAAGGAAUAGCCACCAAGCUCCCAGCUCCUCCUGGGCAACAUCCUGCUGGGGAUCAGCUCACACAGGACCCACAGAAAGCUUUCUCUUCCCCCCUCCCUCCCAACCCCUCCCGACUCCUUUCCGAGCCAGGCUGCAGGCGUGGGGGUGGGGGGUGGUGCAGAGGCACAGCCUGACCCCAGGAAGCUUCCCCUCCCUGCUGCCUCGGGAGCCCAGCAGGAGCGGGCAAUGCCCAGACCAGACAGGACCCUGCACUGAGGGCAGAUGGCUCCGUCCCUGCCUCGGGCUCAGUGGCAAAUCCCAUCCCUGUACACUGGAAUCGGCUCUGCUGCAGCACGCCUGGGACGAAGCUCAGAGCGUCUCCUCCCCGGGGCUGCCCCAGAGAGCGGCCUGGGGAGCUGUGGGGCGAGGACACGCCUUCUCCCAGGCCGUGGGGAGAGAGGGGAGGCCGGGCAGGGCUGGCACAGCCUCAGCCCCAAAACGCAAGCGGCAACUGCCAGGCCCACGCAGGGCUCGCGGAGCACCCCCGCGCUCGGCAGCCAGGCUGCCUCGGCUCCCAGGUGGGAACGCUGGCAGCAGCAGCAGCAGCCCUUCAGGCCCAAGAGCUUGUCCUGAGGCAGCCUUGGGGCAGCAGGGAGAGGCGCUGUGAAGGUCUCAGGUGUGUGCUCUGCACACAGCAGCAGCGUUUCCAGGCUGGGGCGCUGGCACUGUGCACCAGUCCUGCUGGAGGGCAAACACCAAUAAAACCUUUCUCUCAAGAGAGCAGUGUCUUUCUGGGGGUUGUUUCAAACAGCUUUUGCCAAAGGCUUCUGGAUCCACAGCCGCUGAGCAAGCUCUGGGGAAGGCCCAAGGUUCAGUGUUGUGACAGCACCUCUCACCCCUCUCCUGUGGCAGUGGGCAGCCGUUUCUUGCCUGGCUCUGGACAGGGGCAGGGCCGCCCUCACCGAGCCUCUGUGUGCCCACAACAGCUUUAAA